ACAUAAAUGACGUUGAAGUUAUGAAGAAUAGAUUGCUUUCAGAUGGAACACUGGAACGGAUAGUAUAAGGAAUGCGAACAAGGGGGAACUACAAUUUUUGCUGAGAUGGCGCGGUGGGAAGCGCCUAUCCGGCUCACAACGAUUUGGCUUCUCGCGUGUCUGGUGCCGAUAACAUGGGCUACUCCAGGGCCGUGCGAGGUGGAAACGGGUCAAUCCAGCAUCAUCGUUGACAUAGAAGAGAGCAGAGGGGACCAAGUCAAUCAAACAACAGUACCGGCUGAGCUACCAGUCGUCGGCGAGCCAGAUGUAGACGUGAUACUGUCCACCGUGUUUCCGAAAGGUCCGACGUUAUUUCAGCUCGAUGGCAAAAGACUACAAUUACUCCAGCCCUUAGAUAGAGAUGCCGAUAACUUAUCCCAUAUGGUGUUUCAGCUGGUUUGUCAAGUGAAAGCGACAAAGAAGAGGCGAACUAUACCGGUGAUUGUGCGAGUGUCAGAUAUAAACGACAAUGCGCCUGUGUUUCAGGGCACGCCCUAUGAAACGAGUAUAUCAGAGCUUAUUCCAAUAGGCACUACGAUAUUUGAUGGCAUUCGAGCAGUAGACCCUGACGCAGGAGUGAAUGGUCUUUCGGAGUAUUUCAUAAUAGCAGGAGACAAUAAAACCCUAGAAGCUGCCAAUGCCGUCGAUGGUUAUGGAUACUUUGCCAUACCUCUACCGCAUCAAGGACAAGUCACAGUUAACAGAACUUUGGAUUACGAGCGCACGAAGAAGUAUCUAGUCACUAUUGUUGCUUCUGAUCGCGCCCGCGAUACAAAACGCCGACUAUCAAGCACUACAACAUUAACUGUGAACGUACAAGACGAUGACGAUCAAGAUCCUUCCUUCAUUUACAAAGGUUGUACGCUGCACGAAGGCGCUUGUAUUAAUCCAGAGUACACCAGUUACGUCAACGGUGGAGUUCUAGCAGGUAUAUUAACGAUAGAACCAGAAAAGAUUCAGGCAGUCGAUAUGGAUACUUUGAAUGCUCGUAUUAAGUACACCAUAGAGAGCGGUGAGCCUGAAUCGUGGACUACGUACUUCGAUAUAGAUCCUAAUACCGGCGCAGUGAGGCAGUUGGUCCCCGUGGAUACGAGCAUCGCGAAAAAAUUCCAUUUAAUAAUUAAGGCCGAAGAAACAUCAGAAGCGAAACGCUUUACAACAGCGAAGCUUACGAUAACUGUACGACCAGUCGACGCAAGUCCCCCCGUUGUUAGUGCAACUUCGGAUGAGGGUCAAGUCGAGGAGAACUCGCCGAAAGGGACCAAGGUGCUGGAUAGUCAAGGCCAACCGAUACAGUUGAGCGUUUCUGAUCCCGACUUGGGUCCAGGAGAUCUAAUACCGAAAUAUACAUUCGAAUUAACAACUAGUUUCUUCGAUAUCGAUAAAGAUGGCCAUCUUGUUGUAAGCGACGAUCGACUGGACCGAGAUCCUCCAAAUCCUGGCAAAUUUAGAUUCCAAGUCGUGGCUCGUGAAGCGAACGGUGGUGCGGCAUCAGCGCCGUACUCCUUAGCAGUUCAACUUUUGGACCAGAACGAUAACGCGCCCAUUAUACCCAAGACACAACCUCACACUGUACCUGCUAGCUUGGAACCUACCGCUGUUUAUAAGGUGGAGGCAACUGACAUCGAUGAGGGUGAGAACGCCCGCAUCUCAUACAAUAUCCAUCACGUAUCUAACAACGGAGGAAACAAGUUCACGAUUGAUCCCACAACUGGUGUGAUUUCCAGUACAGGUCGCCUUCAAGCUGGUGAACAGUACAGUGUAACAAUACGAGCAACGGAUGCCAAAGGUCUCAGUUCCCAAGGCAUUGUGGAACUAUUGGUCGCACCGGGACCGAAUACCCGACCUCCACAGUUUUCAUCCAGGGAUUAUUACGCACCAGUCUCAGAAGGUGCUGCGAUAAACUCAACAGUUAUAACAGUUACGGCGAAAGAUCCAGAAAACGAAUUAGUAUCGUAUUCGAUAGUGUCGGGCAACGACUUGAGACAAUUCGGCAUUGGUUCCAACACUGGAAUUAUCACAGUUAUACGAAGACUUGAUAGAGAAGUGCUGACUAGAUAUCAGUUGAUGGUGAGAGCUGAAGAUCCUGGAAGGUUGUCUACGACCGCGACCGUUAAUAUAAAAGUUACUGACAUCAACGAUAACAACCCGAAGUUUGAUGAAGAUUCCUAUUUGUUCCAUGUUAAAGAAGGUGUGUCAGGCGAGACUGUUGGGUAUGUUCAUGCGACGGACAUCGACGAGGGCGUUAAUGCUAUGGUCAGUUACACUAUACCAUCUCAUUUGCCCUUCAUCAUUGACAAUACCACGGGAAUGAUAAGCACAAAAACUGAACUGGAUUACGAGGAAACAAAGGAUUACUCCUUCGUAGUGACAGCUACAGAUGGCGCUAUCGAUAAACGCUUAGGUACGGCCUCCGUCACGGUGCAGGUUCAGGAUGAACCGGACGAGCCGCCUAUUUUCACCCAGGCGUUGUACACUGUACAUGUCCCGGAAAACGUGCCCAACCAUCCUGUGGUUAAAGUUCAUGCUGACGACCCAGAUACGAUGCCAGAGAUCACGUACACGAUCCUCAAAGGGGACACCGAGUUAUUCUCAAUAGAUCGAAAGUCUGGUCUCAUCAGGACGUUGAGAAUGUUGGACAGAGAAACCAGUGCGAGGCACGAGCUGCUUGUCGGUACUGAAGAGAACAGCAGAGAAGGAAAUGGUGCUACUACUACAGUGGAGGUUUUGGUCGAUGACAAGAACGACAACGCGCCGGUGUUCACGGCGGUGCCGCGGCCGGUGACGGUGGAGGACUCGGCGUCCAUCGGCAGCCUGGUGGAGACGCUGGCGGCGCAGGACGCGGACGCGUCGGCGCCCAACAACCGCGUGCGGUACGCGCUGGCGGGCCGCGGGAAGGCCUCCAAGUACUUCCACGUCGAGCCCGACUCGGGCGCCGUGCGCGUGCGCGACGACCUGCGCAAGGAGACCGACAGCGAGUACACCGUGGACGUUCAAGCGUAUGAUCAAGGCGACCCUGUGAUGUCUUCGGUUGUCAGCCUAACGGUGUAUGUCAGCCAUUCAGCUACGGUACCUCCUGAUGUGCGUCUAGGGUUUGCGGACACGGUGUACACGGAGCACGUGGCGGAGAACUCUCCGAACGGCACGCUCGUGAGAACUCUUCCGAUAUGGAAUAAAAACAAGCAUUCCAAAGAUACGCCCCUCAAAUGUUUGCUAACUGACUCUUCACAAAAAGGUGUAUUUUACGUGAAACUGACAAAAGAAAGAGACUGCGCUAUCUACCUUAACAGUUCGCUCGACUAUGAAACGCUUACCGAAUACUCUCUAGAAGUCCAGCUAGAGUCUAUACAAGGUCUUAUAAACCCUGAGGGUAGUAAAGCGAUAAUUAACGUCCACGUCACAGAUGUUAAUGACAACCCUCCAGUAUUUAUUUUCCCCGAACAAUCCACCAUCGUGGCUGCGAAGGGAAAAUAUUUUGCCAUCGCUACUAAAGAUAUGCCAUUAGGAACAAAUGUGUUGCAAGUCAAGGCGAAAGAUAAAGAUAGCGGUGUAUAUGGAAAGAUUGAAUACCGUAAAAACUCUUGGACCAAAGCCGCUGAGGAACAUUUCAAUCUCGACCCAGACACUGGUGUUAUCACCAACGUCAAAGCUUUUGAAAACGUUCCCAAAGACGUACUGCCGUUCAAAUUUAAUAUCAUGGCGAGAGACAAUCCAAAGGCAGAUGAUUAUAAAACCGCUCGAGCUUCUGUUGUGAUAAACCUGCUCCAAAAAGAAAACCAGUUAAUAUAUGAAGUGUCAGAUUUGAAUGUGGACGCAAUGUCUACGUUACAAGCGCGUAGCUUAUUAUCUUCGAUAGAAGAAAAGAGCGGUCUAGUCGCCGGACUAGAAAAACUAACCCCUAGGCUAUAUUUGGGGGAGAACGGAACUCUCGAAAGUGAUUCGAAGGGUACUAACGUGUGGCUGUAUUUGCUUGAUCCGAAUACGGGCGAUAUAUUAACGAGGGAAUCGCAACCAGUAAAACAAGCCGUGUCGCGCGGCGUGCCGGUGCGCGCGCCGCUGUCGCCCGCCGCGCCGCCGCGCCGCCCGCAGCUGGCCGCCGCGCCGCUCAGCACGGCGCUGCCCGCCGCGCUGCUGGCGCUCGCCGCGCUCGUGCUCGUGGCCGCCACCGCCGCCACCGUCUACAUCUGCGCCUCGUGGAACAGAUAUAAAAAACACAAGGAGCAAGCGUUGCAACAAUACGGGACUCUUAGUAUGAGUAUGGCACCACCGAGACCACCCUCAGGAUACGAGUCCAGUGAAGAUGAUCCCGCACCGAGAUAUGAAACUCAGGUUUUGAAUAUGGCUGUGGAUGACGCAGAUCUGCAAUUAGACUUUAGUCCAAAUAACCACGCGUUCAAUAUUCAUAGCGUGCAAUAUUUAUCCAAAGAUAAUGGUGAACGUAGCCCAACCCUAUCAGAAACAGCAACAACCGCUCGAGCUUCAAGCAUCAACGAAAACGGCGGUACAUUGAACAAAGUCCACAACCACAACCAUAACCUUGACAACAUAAACAACUCAACCAUAGCGCGGAACACCCAGACUCUCAACCGCAGAACACCAAACAACCACGCAUUGAACAACGCGCUGGGAACGUUACCGAGAGCCAAUAAUAAUAAUAUAGGCGGAGGGCUGCUGGCGGCGACUCUGGGUAGGAAGAUUAAUGGAAACAAUCAUAAGAAAAAGUCUACGCAACCAAUUAUGGCGUAUGAUGAAAUCCCUGGUUUACAGAGAUCCACAGAUAAUGACAACGUAACAUUCGGGAAAAGAAAUUUCAACGGAUACACUUACGACCAGUCUCACGUGGAAACAACCACGGAGCUAUAGUUUAUACUGAGACAGAAUUAGUGAAAAGUGAUAUAUUAAUAAUAAAGUGAA